UUUCAAUGUAUUGCUUUUACAUUCAAUUAGUCAUACACUGUACUGAAAGAAUGCCACGUUCAAGACGACCAAACAUUGGCAGACGUUCACGUCAAACAAAGUGAAGAAGUUCGUGUUCGACGAAAUGAAAUGGAAACACAACGACACAGACGGAGAACUCACUUGGAUAAUAGUGAAGCCCCAAGAAACCGUCGUGGGCGUACGUCCGUUUAUGAUAUACGUCAAGUGGAACACGCGGCUUUCAAUUACGAUGCCACCAUUGAUUACAGCAUGUAUGCCUACAUUGGCCAGAUGAAUAUAGAAUGUAUACAUUGCAAAGCAUUUAAAUUCAUAAACGAAACGCCUGGCAUGUGUUGUGCUGGUGGGAAAGUCAAAUUACCGGUGCUAGAACUUCCGCCAGAACCUUUUCAUUCAUUGGUUUUUGGUAAUUCGCCAACGUCAAAGCAUUUCGUCUUAAAUAUUCAAAAAUACAAUUCAUGCUUUCAAAUGACAUCUUUUGGAGCUACAAAUAUUAUAAAAGAUGGAUUUAUGCCGACGUUUAAGAUUCAAGGUCAAAUAUACCAAAGAGCUGGGUCUUUGCUACCAUUCCCAGAUGGUGAUCAUAAAUUUUUGAAAAUAUAUUUCAUUGAUGGUGAGAAUCGUGAAUUAAAUAAGCGCUGUGCAAUUUCGACGAAUACGAGAAGAUCAAUCGUGUAUGAAUUGCAAACAUUUUUUCAUCAACACAAUGAAUUGGUGAAAUUGUUUAAAGUGGCACUCGAACGGAUGCCCUCCGAUGGCCACAAAAUCGUAAUAAAAGCCGAUAAAACACCAAUUGGGGAGCACACCAGACGAUUCAAUGCACCAACGAUUGAUGAAGUAGCCAUUGUUGUGGUUGGCGAACAGUUUCAGUCACGAGACAUUGUUUUGUAUCGUAGAAAUGAGAAUUUACAACGUAUUUCAGAACUCCAUCGCUGUUAUGAUGCAUUGCAAUACCCCAUUUUGUUUUGGAGAGGGGCGAUGGCUAUCACAUCAACAUACCAAUGA